AUGCCAAAGAACUCUCAGUUGGCUUAUUGUUCGAAUUCUGAGAAUUCAAGUCUUUCUUCCACAAUGGCGAAAACCAACGUUGAGAACAAGGAGAAUGAAACAGAUGAACAAGUGGCUCGAUUAACAAAGAAAAGCCAGGAAGUUCUGCAUCUUAAAGACGAGUUUAAAACUGCGAAUGAUUUGAAAAAAAAUCAUUCUUUGACAACAUCUUUGCAAUCAGGGCAUUACACUGACUCAUCGCUCUUGUCGGAGGAAGAAGUGUGUGAGCCUCUUGUUGAUAUGAACAGCGGUGUAUCUCUAAUUCCCGUAGUUUGCCCCGAUGACGAUAAAGGAGUUAGGAGUCUAGCUAUGUCAGAUGAAAAUGAGCGAUUUACUGUUGCACCUGAGACGUCGCGACAUUUAGUUCAUUCAAUAAAUGAUUCUCCCGUUUCAAGUAUUUACACUGAUGAAGACGUCGAGAAUGAUGCAAGUUUAGCAAUUGGAGCAACUGUUGCAGCGAUAUGUGCCACACGUGAUGGUAGCAUAGAAAUUAAUGAUUACUCAGGAUCGUCAUUGGUCAGAACCAUGGCCAUCAGAGGAAUAUCCAUCAGGCAAAGAAAUGACUUCAGAGGAAUUAAAACAGGCGAUUGUAUCGAUGAUGUUAAGAAAAGAUGAAGUUGAAGAACGUAACAGGUUGUAUUAUCGUCCUUCGUUUAAUAUUAACAUUCCAUUCGAAUAUACACUAUUUUGCCCUGAUUUUUCCUUCGAUCAUCUUUCCUGUAGAUCGUUACAACAACAUUUGGAAAA